CCGAAACUGUUCGGUACCCAAAAACAUGUGCGAUACCGCUGCGUGUGAGAAACGGGAGGGUUGGCCACUCGUUUUUCCUUCGCGUAACGCCGCGAGACGACCCGCGCUUGUGAUGCCCGCGCGAGUAAUCUCUGGCGAUGUCGUCUUCUUCGCUUCGCGCGCGCUGUCAGAUACGAACGUUGCGCCGUGCUGGUCGUGUGUGCUUUUUCAUCCGGAGGGGCGAGAACAUCUACGGUCGGUCGCAGUGUUUUAGUUUUUGUUGGGCGGCUUUUGGGGGGUUGUUUUUUGUUGUUGCGUUAUGUUUGCUGUGUUCCGUUCGGUCUAACAAUCCGGUUUAACCAGUGGAAGAAAGUUUAAACAAGGAAGUACACGUGAAGCGCACGCCUAGCUCUGGAGGGCGAAAAAUCACGGCACGGCAACAAAGAAACGUGGCUAUCGUCCCUGUUGAGUGUUGCGUCAGUUUUUCCGAUUUCAAGCAUUGCUCCAGUACGGCACCGAUCGACCACGACGAAAUAUAUUCCACGAUCACGUCUGGAGGCAGCAGCAGCAGCUGCUGCUAAUCGUGCGAUACCGGUAGCAGACACGCUGGCGGUCGUCUACUAGCUGUACGCGUACGAGUUUAACCAGCUGCAGCUUAAGUACGCGAGCGAACCUCGACGCGCGUCGGGGAGCGUGAGCAUGCGGUGUUCUGCGACACAUCCAUCGUGCGUGCGUGAGAACGCGCGAGAACGGUGCGUUUGCUCGUCGACGCCUGCUUCGUUCGUUGUCGAAACGACGGUUGCACUGGCGAAGAAGCUGUAAAGAUGCUGAUAGCGUCAGGAUGGUGCCGGCGCCAUAACAUAAUCAUUAUCGACGACACGAUACCACCGAGAAGGGAAUUCGCGGAACUGUGGAACGAACGGGGCAGAUAGUGUGUGUAGUGUUCUGGCGGGAGCGUCUUAACGAGCGAGUGUGAAAGUGAUCGUAGUGAACAGACCAGUGACGAGGUUUCGCACAUGUUUCGCACAGCACUGUGGGCGGCGUUUUGUUUGUGCGCGAGUGUGAUGAGCGUGAGCGUGAGCGCUGGAGAGUGAUUGUGCAAGAGCGUUGCGAGCGUGGUGAGGUGAGCUAGAACGGUUUGGUCCGUUGCCGUCAGUAGCGUUUCGCAAGUGACCAGAACCGGAAGUGAACGAACGGCCGGAGCAAGCCCGCGUACGUACGAACGCGGACGCGAUGGAAGCCCUCAAGGAGCUUCAUCUGCCGACGCGAAAUGGUGAUAAAACGACAGUGCCGAUGGAUCCGGUGAACGGGUAUCUGCUAAGGACAGACGUUGAGGAGGGCACGGUGCUGGGGACGGCCGGCCCAGACCCAGCACACGGUGCCGUCGGUGUGGGCGAUGUGGAAGCGUCCGGACCGUUGCUUUUGCGAACCGGUAACGCUGACCGUGCGGUUCCGGUUCCGGUGGUAGUGAACUUCGGAGGUCCCGGCAUGGCCACCAAAACGAGCACGCUGACUGCCGUUGAUCGGCAGGGAAGUCGUGGAAGUGGUAGUGGUGGUGGUGGUGCAGGUGGUGGUGGUAGUGGAAAGAACCCGCGGAGCAUAACACCCGGCCGGGGUUUGUUGGGGCCACGGCUUUCGGCGACCCUAGCACGGCCAACAGUGUUCGGUGGUACGAUGCUCGUGGUGGGCAUCCUGAUAGGCAUCCUGCUGGUCUAUCUUAUCGGUCGCUACCGACAGCUGGACGGGAAGGCCUGUGGCGGGGAUCCGUUCGCACCGGGCUGCUCCGUAACGGACGAGUCCCGGCUGGAUAGUAACAUUUGCCUGACGGACGAGUGCGUUAGGACAGCUUCAUCGUUGCUGGCCGCCAUGGACCGGACGGCGGAUCCUUGCAAGGACUUUUUCCAGUUCGCGUGCGGUACGUGGAACAAGAUGCACGUGAUACCGGAGGAUCGCAGCUCUAUCAGUACGUUCGAGGUACUUGCAGAUCAGCAGCAGGCCAUACUGAAGGGCGUGCUGGAGGAACCGGUCAACAAGGAGGACAACAAGGCGACCAAGAAAGCGAAAGCCUUCUACAAGAGCUGCAUGAACCUUGAGCAAAUUCGCAUACUGGAUGUGCAGGCGCUGCGAAAGUCGCUGAAGAAGCUGGGCGGUUGGCCGGUGAUAGAGAAAAACUGGACCGUACCGAGCAGCAGCAUCGAGCAUCUGCUCGGCAAGCUGACGGGCGAGUACGACGAACCGGGGCUGGUGGAGCUGUACGUCGGCGCGGACGAUAAGAACUCCUCCAUGAACAUCAUACAGGUUGAUCAGCUGCUGUUGGCGCUGCCGUCGCGCGACUACUAUCUGAAGGAGAGCAGCGAGGGCGACAUGAAGGCGUACCACCGGUACAUGACACAGAUCGCGAUCCUGAUGGGCGCGGACAAGGACAAGGCGGCCGAGGAGCUGCAGCGGAUCGUCGAGUUUGAGGUGAGGCUAGCGAACGCGACGCUACCGGAGGCUGAUCGCCACGAUACCAGUGCCAUUU